AGCAAACUUUAGUCCCAUUUGCCCUGCGGGAACCUUUUGAAAUUAAGCUAUUUUAAUAAAGGACAUUUUAAAGGGUGCCAUCACAGUUUUUGUACCUUUAUUUUUCACAGUAUAGACCUGAACUAUUUGUGCAACUAUACUGUGUUCACACCACAGGAACUGGGAGCGAUUUUAAUACCGGGAACGCCUUUUUUGGGAACUAUACAGUUCAGUGUUUAUCAUGUUUCAAAUCUAUUUAUUUUCAGUUUGCUGCUGAUAGAAUGAGGAACCCAUGGAGGGCAGAGGUUAAUUUGAGAAUAGAGAAGUAAAGAAGACAGCAGUAAGAUCAUGGCGCUCAUACAGUGUUUCUUCACUUUUUUAAUUUUACUGUCAAGCACAAGAUGUCAAGCUCCCACAGAAGCACCUCUACAGGCCAGCAUUACAGUCAGUAUGGGUGACAUGCGAGUGUUUUCAGGUGAGGAUUUGAGAACCUCCUGCAGCGUACCCGAUGAUCCUUCACCCUACUGGAGAUACAAGUGGUUUCAAAAUGGAGAUGACAUAGGUUUCUACAAUUCAAGUGAAGCUUGGAUUAAAGCUAGUGGCAAAUACAGCUGUCAGGCAGAGAAAGACUUAAAGAAAUGGCCUUAUCUUGUGAACACACUUCCAAGCCAACCUCUCCAUCUCCAUGUGGAUCGAGGAUGGGCACUCAUGCAGAUACCAACGACACCUUCAAUAAUCGAAGAUACGAUGAUUCUAACGUGUCGCAUUCGAGACGGCCCUGUCGCCACUGAGGUUCGCUUCUAUAAGAAUGACGCUGAAAUCCAGUGUGAUAAGAGUCAAGUACUGGUUUUCAGUAAUGUAACCCUUCAAGAUGCUGGUGUAUACUGGUGCAGAGCAUCAUGGAUGGAGAAAAAUCUAUUACAUUCAGCGCAAUCUCUUCCUGUUCCUGUAACUGUAUUAGAUAAGUUGGAAACUCCACAACUGGUGCUUGUUUCCGGUCGGGUCAUUGCUGGAAAACUUGUACGUAUCAGAUGUGAGACCCGGCUGAACGUUAAAGCGGAAGGCCUUCAAAUUGAAUAUUACUUCAUGAAGAAUCACAGCAGACUGGCACCUGCCUCAUCCUCCGACAAAUACACUAUCUGGCAGAUAAGAAAAGAAGACGCUGGGGUGUAUACUUGCAAAGCCAAAGUCAGACUUCUGAAUGUGGAGAGAUGGAGCAAUGAGCUGGAACUGAAGGUCUAUUAACCUGCAUUCGCAGAGAAUCAUCAUCUGAAUGAAGUCUUUGAGAAGCCUUCAAUCAAGUCCCUGAUGACACUGCACUAAAGGAAGAUUAAAAACUGAAUAUAAUGUUUGCAUAAUUUGUAAAUAGAGAAAAGUAAAGCCGUAAUUUAAGUGAUUAUCCUUGCUUCUUGAUUUUAUUACAAGAACCCAACAACCCAAAGCCUACAAUGUGAUUGGUUACGUGACAUACAAUAUGUGAUGUAUUACUUAUAAUAUUAAGUGGUCUAUAUCCAUUCUCAGUUGACCUUACAAUUAAAGUUUUUAGUACAGCAUCUUAAAAAACUGUGUAGUGAUGAGUAGAUUGCUUAGAAUCUUCUGAAAGACUCAUUGCAGUGUCAUGACUUUACAUCUGAUACAUGCUACAGUGCCCUCCACUAAUAUUCAAACCCUUGGUAAAUAUGAACGCUGAAUAAAACUCUUUAUUGUUAAAUCUUUUGAUUGAUUGCUCAAAAUAUUAACAAAAAAACAACAACUUGCAAACACAACACAACUUUAUUAACAAAACAUUUUUUGUUAAAUAUACAGUACCCUCCAGAAGUAUUUGGACAAUAUUUUGUUUGUUUGCUUUGGAUUCAAGAAAUGUCUAAACAUACACAAUUCUCAACGAAGCAACACAUGAAAUAUUGUAAAUAUGUAAAUACUUCUAUCUAAUGUGAUCAUAUUAAGAUGAUUAACUGAAGUGUUAAGUGAUGAACUGUGUCCUGAUGCAUUCGUUGUGUAGUAUCAGUUUGAUCCAUUGCGUCUGCAGUCUGACUCUUGCAUUUGAUGAUAACACACAUGCGUCAGGAUGAAAGAUGUACAGUAUGUGUUGAAACAUAAUCAAAUGUUAAUAAAAUGUUACGUUCUGUA